AUGUCGUCCCGCUUCAUCUCCAGCGGUGCAAUAGACGCCAAAACAGGCGAGCAAGUGCCCCUCCCCGCCGCCGCCCCUUCGAACGCAUCAUCAUCCACCACCGCCACCCGAAGCCUGUACGACGUGCUGCAGGCGAACAAGGCGGCCAAGCAGGCUGCGUUUGAGGAGGCCAACAGGCUGAAGCACCAGUUCCGGGCGCUGGACGAGGACGAGAUUGGGUUUCUGGACGAGGUGGUGCAGCGGAAGAGG